CACUAUAAAGUAGAUCAGUCGGCCUCAUUUCAACCUCUGGUUUCAUUUUCCUAUUUGCGUUUGUUAGUAUAAUGGAGCAGAUCAAAAGAGCGAAAUUGCCACAAACGUCACAAUCGCUCCCCAGCAGCCGCAACAGGAGCGUCAGCGUCACACAGAGACAAAGGCAAUUGAACGGAACUUGGAAGAGUGCAAAUCCAUGCCACAAAAGCAAUUCUUUCAAUCUGUGCGUUUAAAUCACUGAUCAGGACACCUCCCACGUACCGUUACAUUGCAAGCUCUUUGCAAAAAUGGGCGACGACCGACCUUUUAUGUGUCACGCUCCAGGCUGUGGACAGAGAUUUACUAAUGAGGACCACUUGGCUGUGCACAAACACAAGCAUGAGAUGACACUAAAGUUUACCCCCAGGACAGAUUCUGUCAUUAUCGCAGACCAGACGCCUACUCCCACUCGCUUCCUAAAGAACUGUGAGGAGGUUGGUCUGUUCAAUGAUCUGGCCAACUCCUUCGAACAAGACGACGAUGACAACAAACAAGCAAAGAACUCUCUCCCUGCUGACUCUUCAGUGGCUUUGGACAUGAGCCUUCAGACACCAUCAGAUGUGAAGGUAAAAGAGGAAACACCUGUGGCGGUUGACUCCUCGGCACCAGACAGCCCUGACUCAAUCUCUGUGACACCAGAGGGCAGAAAAGAGCACUUGGUCAAGGUAAAAGUAAGACCUGAGUCUUGUAAUUGCAAACAAUCAGUGCAUGUAAAUGUCAACAUACUGAUAUUGUCACAGGACAUCCCACCCAGGAGCUCAGCACCGACACCCACCAUUGUGCGCCCAGGUUCCCUUCCGCUGCACUUGGGCUUUGACGCCCUUCAACCCACCAUGCCAUCACCCACCUCCGUUAUCACACAGGCACCACCUUCUAAUCGUACUUUAGGUUCACCAACAAGCCACUACUCCAUGAUGAUGCUCCCCUCGGGCCAGGCAGUGCCUGUCCUUCCAGGGCCUGUUCAGAUGCAAUCUGUCAUAAACCUUGCCCGACCCAUGUGUAUGGUACCAAACAUUCCCGGGAUUCCUGGUCCUCCUCUGGGAAGCAACAGCAGCGGUUCAAACUCCCCUUCUGGCUACAGUAUCCACUGUGACGCCAAGAUGCGUCUGAAGGCAGCGUUGUCCCAGCAGAGCCCAUCUGGACACAGCGUAGCCAUGAUGGCCAUGGGCAACAGUCCCAUGGUGCCUCAGAGAGCGGAACAGAGCCAGCUGCUUGUCCAGCAUCCAGACGCUCCAUCACCAGCACAGCCUCAGGUAUCACCAGCUCAGCCCACAGGUGGGCGUCGGCGACGGACAGCAGACGAUGACCCAGACGAGCGAAGGCAGCGCUUUCUUGAGAGGAAUCGAGCAGCGGCAUCACGAUGCAGGCAGAAACGCAAACUGUGGGUCAACUCUUUGGAGAAAAAGGCAGAGGAGCUCAGCACCUUGAACGUCUCACUGUCGAACGAAGUGUCGCUGUUGAGAAACGAGGUAGCUCAUUUGAAGCAGCUGCUGCUGGCGCACAAGGACUGUCCUGUCACCACCCUGCAGAAGAAAUCCGCCUACCUGGUAGCUGUUGACGAGAGCAUGAAGGAUACCUCAGAGCCUACUGGUUCCCCUGCACCUGUGAUCCAACACAGCUCACUGGCGCCUAGCCCUUCGGCUGGCCAUAAUGGCUUGAGUUCAAGGGCAGCGGCCGAAGCCAUGGCGAUGUCUGUCCUGGCCGGGUUGGGUCAGCAACAAAAUGUUGAGAGUGGAGCGUCUCACAUUAUUAUGGCCACACAUUCGCAGUCCUCCGCCAGAUGAAAAGCAAUUCUGCCACACAGACUACCUUUCAUGUUUGUCACUCAUGGAAGAAGAGCAGCAUCGUCUCAGCCCUUCAAAGCCCCUCUUCUGUCGAGCCAUCAUGCUGUGGCCUGGAGCUCUGUAGCAGCCUUCUGGAAAUGGACUGAAACUUUUGAGAGAGCUUCCUUUUCACUUUGCUGUAGAUGACUGGGGCUGGACUCCCCCUUGUGCUCCUUGUUUUGUCAUCAAACCAAUGGUUGACAUGUUCUGCUCACCCAUACCAGAGCAGACAACACUCACUGGCUAGAUUUAUACAGUCCUCUGAAUUGCCCAGGAGGCUGCUCCUUUCUGUGGCUAGAUUGGACUCUGACUCUGGAAGAACUGGUAAUAACCAACUUAUUUUUACUUACGAUUUGGACCUUCUGUGCCUUGUGUGGUGUAUUUGAGUCCAUCUGUAUUUAUGUUUGAAAAGGAGCACAGAGUGAAGAUGAUUGCUGCAUUAGCAUCUCAAGAUAGCAUAGAGCAGAUUUUUUUUUUUUAGAUGUGUUAUUUUCUUAAUCCAUAUCCGAUAUCACUACGGUUCCAAAACAACCCACAUGAACACAUCUCAAAAUGCACGUGAACAAUUACAUAAGUGACAAGGAAGUCAACAUAAAUGCGGAAUUUUUAGUUAGCAUAGAGGGGCCCUUUCUCCCAUCCCACUCCCUCCAUCUAUUCUUUCAUAUCAGAAUCAGCUCUAUCUAAAGUACUACAUAUUACGGUUUUGUGUGAAAUUUCCAAUAUUCUAUUUUUUUCUGUAGUUCCCCCUCUUUUUUUAUUGGCAAACAAAUGUAAAUAGACAAAGAUAACCCAGUUAAAUAUAAAAUGCAGUUUUUAAUGGCUGAUUUUUAUUUAGGGAGGAAAAUACUAUUCAGACAUACGUGGCCAUGUGUAAAAAAGUAAUUUCCACACGUUAAAUCAUUAAUUGUGGCAAAUCACUUUUUUUGGGGGGGAAGUUGAUUUCAGUUUCACUGACAACACUCAAGCCUGAUUAGCUUUAGGCUUGUUCAAACAAGACAUCACUUAAAUAGAACCUGAAAAAAUGAAGUCUGCCAAAAGAUCUCAAAAAGCUGUAACAAAUUGCCACAAUCCAAGGAAAUUCAAGAACAGAUUAAAAAUAAAAUAAUAGACAUUUAUCAGUCUGGAAAGGGUUACAAAACUUUAGGACUCCAGAGAAUCAUAGUAAGAGCCAUAAUUAUACUCACAAGGAGAAAACAUGGAACAGUAGUGAACCUUCGCAUGACUGGCUCGGACAAAAAAAUUACCCCAACAGCACACCAACGACUCAUCCAGGACAUGAUCCAAAGAACCGUAGACCUCUCUUGUCCCAGUAAGAUUGGUGUUCAUGACUCAAAAAUAAGAGAAUGUGGAAAAAAUGCCACCUCUAGCAGAGUUCCAAGAUGAAAACCACUGCUGACCAAAAAUAACAUGAGGUUCGUCUUACUCUUGUUACAAAAGUAUGUAUGAUUGAAUCCUCAGACUUAUUGGAAAAUAUUUUAUGUACUGAUGCAGGCCUGAACUUGGAAGGUGUGCCUCUUUACAUCUGGUGUAAAUGAAACAUCAUUUCAGAAAAAGAACAUCAUGGCUGCAGUCAAACAUGGUGGUGUUGUGAUAGUCUAGGGUUACUUUUUUACUGUCUGAUCUGAAUGACUUGCCGUGAUUGAUAGAACCAUGAAAUUUGCUCUUGACAAGAAAAUCCUGAAGGGGAAUGUCCACCCGUUCGUUUGUGACCGCAAGUUGAAGUGCAACAAGACAAUGAUCCAAAACACACCAGCAAGUAAACUUCUUAAUGGCUUUUAAAAAAGUGUGUGGAGUCAACCCCCCCCCCCCCCCACACACACACACACACACACAAAACAACAAAACAAUAAUAAUAAUAAUAAAGUUUUUGGGAGUGUCUAGUCAAAGUCUGGACUUUGACUCUAGUUUUGAAAAAUCUAAAUUCUGCAAGGAAGAAUGUGGCAAAAUAUCUUCAGAGAUAUGAAAAACUCAAUGCCCAUUAUAGAAACCAAUUAUCAGGUUUAGGGGGCAAUCUUUCACACAGAACUAAGUCACUUUGAAUGUUUUUUUCCUUAGUAAAUAUAACCACUAUUUAAAAACUGCAUUUCAUAUUGACUUGGUGAACUUUGUCUGAUAUUUUGUUUGACGAUGCCAAACAAACAGGAGAAAUGGCAAAUAAAUAAGAAUCUGCGGAGCGCAAAUACCUUUUCAGAGCACUGUAUUCUUCCGCUACAUUUUGGAUCCAUGUGUGUGUAACCUUGUGUUUGUGCAGACGCAGUUUGUAUGAGAAUCAAAUUCGAUGCUGUUAGACUCGCACUGAUGCGAUCUGUGCAUUUAGGCUCCGGUCACAUUAAUACAUAACAGAUAAUGAAAUUUUUAUGCACAUCUGCAAAAGCUCAGUUUCUGGCCUGAGGAUAUCUGAUUUUAUGCUAUUUUUUUUCCAUCGCAAUUGUCCCAAAAGUCUGAAAUGUGACUUGACGCAUGGAGUGUAAAUGCAGCUUUUUAAACAUUUUCACAUAGAAAGAGUCCCUCCACUUUUUACCCAUGCAAAUACAUACACUAAUUAAAAUACUCACACUCUCACACACUGAUGUCAACUUGAAAAACUUCAUGUUACACCCAUUUACAAGGCAAUUUAUAAACGAUCAAUAAUUCUAUGUAAAUAACAUAGCUCUUUGGUUAUGCUUCAACAUAUGUGAUAUAUUUUCUUCUUUUAUAUGCAGCUUUAUCUACAGUAUAUUCAAAUUUUCUCCUGCAAGAUGAGUAUAAAGCAGUGCUUAAAAUACUAAAAUGAGUUGAAUCAGCAAUGUUUUUCCCUCCUGAAGGGAAUUUGUUUCCAUCUUAGUAAUAUUUCAACAUGCGAGUUGUGAUAUAAGUUGCACUGUAACUCAGGAUUGCUCAUUCUUGCUGCUUGUACAAAUGGGAUGCUUCCCACGUGCUCCUUACCAAAAAACAACCCCCCAAAGAAAAGGGUCAAAAUUGGAAUGUUCUUUUCAAUGCUGUUGAGACAAUAUCACUGCUUUAAAUUGCACUUCUAGUCUCUGAUCAGUUGGCCUUAAAAUCAUAUGUGCCUCGUCAUAUCCCAUUCUAAACAUUCAUUUUUUUGGUUAAAGUACUAAGGAUUCAAAGGUUAAGAAUGAAUAAUGGUCGUUUACACCACCCUCUUUUGUAUUAUGGAAUCAAUACUGUCAUCUGGCAAAGAAAUGGCGUGACAGCAUGUACAAUGUGCAAAGACUUUUGUUUUUCUUGUCAUUUUUAUGCUGCAUGGUCAUAAAGUUGUAAAAAGGAAAUGUAAAAAAACAUCUGUUUAAUGUACGGUGCAUGUCCUUUUGCACUAAAACUAUUGCAGAAAUAUGGUUGCUUUGAACAGUAUGGCGUUUGUGCUGUUGUUCUUAUUCUGACAAUCUUUUUUCAAAGAUAUUUAAAAUAUCAUUUUUUUCCUGUACUGUAAAACAUAAAUGGGGGGAAAAACCUUUCAUGUUUGGCUGCUUUUCAAAUUUGUAUAAAUUCUGUGUUUGUUCACUUGUUCAUUUCUGCAUUCUCCCCAAAACUGCACAACUUGCUAUGUAACAUUUUAUCAUGAAUUUGGGCUUUCUCGCGAACUUAUGAACAAUAAUCAUGACAGUCGUCAGCAUACUAACUUGACCUGUAUUUAUAGUAUCAAAAGCAGCAAUUUGUAGACUAUCUUUGCAACAAUCUUUAGUUGCAUUCAGUUUUAUUUUUGUAACACUCCCAUGGUAGACUGAUGAUUGGUUAACAUCCUUGCACUGUAAAUAUCUGUAUCAUACAAAUAUAUUUACUUGUUAAUGCAUGUCAAAGUGGAUUACUACGAACAUAGUUUUCACAAGAUACGAGGUGUUCUGAGCAGUGAAGCACAUUUGUUUCCACAUAGCAUUGGUUCACAAAUCUAUACUUUCAUAUUCACUCUUGAUUGUUUACUUGUUCUCAAAUUUAGAUGCAGAUCAUAUAUUGAGAAUUUCAACAAAAUGAGAAAUAAAACACGUUUCAUAUA